UAUAUGUAUAUAUGUACAUACUCAUUCCUUAACCUUGCAUAAAUUUCUUAAAUAGAACAAAAUACGGCUAAAAAAAUGACAUUAAAAAUAUAUGUAAAAGUAUUUAAUCUUUUAUAUUGAUUACUUUUUCUUAUUACUCGGUAUCUCAUACCGGCAUCACUCCUUUUGAAAUAUAAACGUAAAACUUCUUUGCAUAAAUUCAGGUACUGAACCAUGAUAAUUUUUAUUUAUAAAGUAGAUGGAUGAGUAUUUUCAAAUCGUAUGAAAACGGUCAGAACAUGACAGAAGAAAUAAAAAAGUUUCCCAUUAACAUGUUAACGGCAGAAGAGUUGUUAAAGAAUAGAGGUAUAAAGUACCAUGCUUGGGAUGAAUAUGAAAAAUCAAUUAAAACCCUUCCAAAGACUGGAAUGAAACAGUUUGAACCAAAUGAUUCUUGGUUACAAAAUAUGCAACUUGAGAAGGGUAUUACAACGCGUAAAAAUUUAAUAGCUGUGGAAAGAGUAAACCGUAUUUCUCAAUUAGCUAAUGCUGAAUGGUUACCUGCACAAAAAAAGGCUAAAGUAAAAAAAUAUUCUGGUCAAGAUUGGAGCAAUUUUGGUUUGGAAAAGAAUGGUGUCUUAUAUUUAAUACCAGAAGAAGCAUUAUUUCUUUUAGAAACUAACUGUUUGGAACUUACAUGGAAUGAUGUACCAUUAUCCAUUCAACAAGCUUAUGACCUCCUAAUUGAUAAUGUUGAAUGUUCAUUGGAAGAAUAUAGAGUUUAUAGUCAGUUAGUACGUCAUGGUUAUCAUAUACAACGUUUUAUUUAUAAUUCUGAAAGGAAUACAAAAUACGAUGAAAGUAUUAAUACAAAACGUAAAGUUAUCAUUGAACCUGAAAAUGGUCUUUGGAUGAUUGAUUCUCAAGAACAUAACAAAGAUACGGAUAACAGUAAAUCUGUUGAAUGUGUAAAAAAAACUAUUACAAACGUUAUUAAUUCUUCCAUAGAAGUGUCUGAAAAUAUAACAGAACAGAGUGAUAUAACAAAUGAUGUAUAUGAAGUUCUAGAUAAUCUCCUUAGUGCAAUAGAAGAUGUUGAAGUUCAAUCUAAAAGUAUCGAAUGCGAAAGUAAUGUAGAAAAUUGUAGAAAAUUGAAUACUAAUCUAAAAACUGUGAAUACAAAUGAAACUAAAAAAAAGAAGAAUACUAAGGUAGAAAUUAUAUCGGAUGAAACUUUAUUAGGUAGUGUAAAAAUUGUUGUAGAUCCUAAAAAUGAUUAUAUCAAGGAAGAUAAAAUGUCAUGGCGAGGGUCGCGUAUACAGCGAAAUGUUAAAUUAUUACCGAAAAGAGCAGACAAAGUAUUGUCGACUUCUGAUAUUUCUAUAAUUGAUUCUAAUAAUAUUAAAAAUGUGGACCAUUGUUUAGGAAACACAAAUCAUCUUCGUUAUUAAAUGAGAAUUCACAAUUAAAAAUCAAAACAGGAGAUCAUAGAACUUUCUGACGACGAGAUUCAAGAAGUUCCAAAACCUAUGACACGAAUGGAAAUAUUGAAUUUAAUUCCAAAUAUAGCAUUACAAUUCACGGUUGCAAUAAAGAUUUCGAGAGGUUACAUACCACACAGCAUAAAACCUCAUAAAACUGUUUAUAAUUAUGAAAGUGUAAAGUUAAGAAACUUGCAACAAACAGAUAAAAAAUUGCGAUCUAAGAAAAAUAUAGAACAUUCAAAUAUAAAUCAAAAGACAGUUCAAUGUUAUAAUUCUUCCAUAAAUAAUAUUCCUAGAAGAAAUACAAACAUGCAAUUUAAUGAAAAUUUAACAGCUAGUAUACAGAAUGUUUUUAUGCAGAACUAUUUUUCUAUGCAACAAGGACAACAUACAAACUUCAAUCCUAAUUAUGGAUGUAUUAAUAGAGUGCCAUACGUGUACAAUCAAAAUUCAUAUUGGCACCAUAGAAAUACCAUGUUUCAAAAUAUGUUUGUUACCGUCGAAAAUCAUAGCACUGCUGUACAUCAAAACAGAUUUAUUGUAGGUAGAAACGUAUUCUCGGCACCUCGUCAAAGGUACUCGCCAAGAAACUAUCAAAGAGGCUCAAACAUGGUAGCAAAAUAUAAUAAUGAAGUCUAUCAAUCAUCAUUUAAAGUACUGCCAGGAGCAUCUUCGUGGUCAGAGUUAAAAACUAAAUGGCGUGAAGAAAAAACGAUUACCAUCGAUGAUGAGGAUAUAGAAAAAGAUAAGACUGAAGAUGGUAAUGAAGUACUAGUUGAACAAAUACGCAGUCCACUUAUUGGACCAAAGAAUGGAAACAGUCUUGAAGAGGUUUUCAAUAAGCUUAAAAUAAUUAAAUCCGCGCCUGAAAACUGUAAGAAGAAAAAAAAUAAAUACAAAAUAUCGUAUAAUGUUUAUUCUAGCACACAGAAUUAUAGAAAAGCAAAUCCUGGAUUUCCAAUUUAUCGGAUAGUAGUAGUAAGGUAAAUAAGUUUUGUUAUUUAUUUAUUUUUUUUUUUUGUCGUAUAAAAUUAAUUGAUCGAUUUUUUAGGCAGACGAUUCAUUAUACAACCAAUCGAAUUACAUCGCCUGUUACAAGACGCAGAAAAUUCACCAAUAGUAUUGGCAUGUGUUUCAAUGUCAAUUUCAUAUCUUCAACCGGGAUUUGUAUCUGUACAUAAUUUUAACAUAAUUAAAAUAGCAAUAUUUAAUUAAGUA